AUGUAUCAUUGGCCGCAAGUUUCUGAGGUGCAGGGACUUCUACACAUCACCAUGGAGCUCCUCUGUACUUGGUAUCUGUUUGCUGGACCAGGCUUCCAAGUUGAAUUGCUGGCCGCUGGCCACUUACAAUUUUUCUUGGGUGCGUCUUGCGCAUCGUGUAACAAUGUUCUUUUAUCUUCCAUUUGUGUAGAACGAGGUGAUUUCCUAGUUGUGAGGUUCCCUGAACAAGACGACGAAGUGGCAGUGGUUCAUACCAAGUGGGUGCACGGCAACAGCUGCCUGUGGCCCCCAGAGAAAGAGAGCAGGAGGCUGCGAGAACUAAUUAAAAAGGGAGCAACUCCGAUGUCGUCAUGGAAGAAAUUCAAGUGUGUCGAGAUGGAUGGAUACCCCACUUAUGAGAAAGCUCAACAGAAACUGCGGAUCGCUGAGUGCACAUCGGAUCUCCAGAGCGAGAAUGACCUUGGCAGGGGAAAGCGAAAGAAAAUAACUCGACAACUGAGUUCGUCUGACUCUGAUGAGCCUGAAGCACAGCAUGGAACACAGAAACAAGAUACAGACUCUUCAGAACCUCCUACACCACCACGUGGAAGGGAGAAAAGAGGUGCUGAAAAGACGUGGGGGAAACAUACGGAAAAGCGGAAACGCAACAGUGCACUUUGCCAUCCGGCUAGCAAAGCAGCCCACCAGACAGCCUCUCAAAGUCAAGGAAGCACUAUGAUGCAUGGGCCGAUGGGGCACAAGAGGAAUGAAGAAGCUUCUAAUGAAAGUCAAGGAAGCACCAUGAUGCAUCGGGCAAUGGGGCACAAGAGGAAUGAAGAAGCUUUUACUGGUCUUGACAAGCAAGUAAUUCGUAUUUUGCACACAAUCCGGCUCCGGGUGGAACAGCAUUCUAUGCAGCUGGAUACCAUUAUGGGAAUCCUAAACAGCAGUGGAGCAAUGAACGUACCCAACGACGAAAUACUUGAAGAACCUUUUGACAACGUGGAUGACUUUCUGGUCAAUCAGCUGGCAGCAGUUGGAGGUUCGUCGGUGGGCAACAACACUCGUGGGGUGCUAGAACAGUUGAUGACCCAGAAGGUGGCGGUGAAAUUCAGCUGGCUGGGUCAAAGGGAGAAGAUGAAGUUUAAAGACCUCGAGUACCCGGAUGUCAUCUACAGAGCCGUAAAGAAAAACAAGCGGUUGGAAACGGACAAGGCAGAAGUUUGGGAGGUUAUAAAAACAUGGCUGAAGCAUGCCGCAGAAAAACUGAAGAAGAAGCAGCGGAAGCUGCAGCCUGAUGAAUAAUACGAUUAUUUGUUGCAUACAGUGGAACACUUCUAGUCAAACUUUUAAUCCUGUAAUGCCCAGAGUGAUACUGAGCGUCGUUGGUUGUUUGUAACUUACGCUGUGGAAAGUAGACAUAUCUCAAUUUCUUUUUCAACUACAAAAGAUACUGGCUGUAUCAGAUGUUAUACAUUGGGCAAUUAAUAAACUAUAUCUAUGAACAACACU